UAUACAUUUUUUCAUAUAUUAUUAAAGGAAAUUAAUACAAAGAUUUUUCAUCUAUCAAAUAACGCGAGAAAAUGAAUAAAUCUUUUAAUGAUGAUUUAUAUUUAUCACGUUAUCACGAUAUGUUUAACUAUAGCAUUCUCGAAGCCAUUCUGAUAUGCGAUAAACAUGAGUGGACAUAGUAACUGAUCACUUAUCCAGAAUCCUGUAUUUGUAUUAAGUUUUAAUAUAUUUGCAAAAAUGUCAAUAGAAAAAAUUUAAAUGUGAUUGGGAGGGACUAAUAUAUAGCUGACGAAUAAAUGCUUUUAUUCAUUCCGUAACCUAACAGUUCCUUUUUUAAUUUUCCGACCGAAUAAUGUACGCUUUAACACAAAUUUUGUUAACGCAUUUACUAUUUUCCUAUUUUGUAAUCGGCGGUCCCGAAGAAGAGCAAGGUGUAAAAUAUGCGAACAAGUGCGAAGUUUGCAAAGUUGUUGCCACGGAAUUAGAAGCAAGAUUAGAUGAAACUGGUAAAACGCGUGAUGUGCUCGAGAUUGGUUAUUCGGUCGACGAUGUUUUGCCCAAGAAAAAGAUGGAAUACAAAAAAUCAGAAUUACGUCUAUUAGAAAGUAUGGAGGAUCUUUGCGAACGUAUAUUGGAGUAUAACAUUCACAAGGAGCGUUCAGAUAGUACAAGAUUUUCUAAAGGAAUGAGCCAAACCUUCAAAGCUCUUCAUGGACUUGUGGACAAAGGUGUCAAGGUGGAACUAGGAAUUCCAUACGAAUUAUGGGAUAAACCAUCAGUGGAGAUAACAACUUUAAAAUCACAAUGCGAAGAUUUACUGGAAAAUCAUGAGUCUGAUAUUGAAGAGUGGUAUUACAAUUAUCAAAGAGAAAUUCCUUUAAUUAGGUACUUGUGUUCAGAGAGGGCAUUGAAGGGUGGUGAUGAUUCUUGCCUUAAAGAAAAGGGUGAAACUAACAGUGAUACAAAGGAAAAGAAAAAGAAGAAAAAGAAGAGUACAAAACCUGAGGAUACCAAAAAAGAUGUUAAAGAAGAAUUAUAAAAGUCCUAAAUGCAUUAUUACAUCUGUUAAUAAGAUGAUGAACUUGAAGUUCUAUAUUAAAUGAAAAAUACCCUUCUUCAUAAAUUUAACUAA